AUGGCGUCUUUAGUCCCAACGGCGGCAAACGCCGAGACGAGGCGGGGGUCGCAGGAGGAGGAGGAGGAGGAGGACCCGCGCCUUGCGUGGCUUGCGGCCCGCGUGCGGGGCUGCCUCUACGGCGUGUGCGAGGACUCCAUCGCGGAGCUGUACGGCGACGGGGCCGCCAGGGGCCUCAUUUUAGAGCUCUUCGAGAACCCGCGGGAGCGCCUCCUCGUCAUCUCCUCCAGCGAGUGCACCUCCACGGAGGGCGGCGGCGUCGCAGCCAAGACCCCCGCGGCGGCGCAGCGCAGGCAGCCGCCGAAGCUGAUUGCCACGACGCAGGCGAUUAAGAACUCCAACAUCACCGGCUCCGCGAAUUACCCACCCGACCGGACAAGGUGCGUCUUCUUUGUCCGCGUCGACAAUGUACAGUUAACCAAGGAGCUCGUGGCCGACUGGAGGAGCGAGCCCCGCUGCCCCAUCCACAAGGCCUUUGAGAUUUCCAGCAUGGUCGUGCCUUCGCUGUCUUCCUUUCACACCCUGCUGGAGCACGCCUACAGGCCCAUCGUGGAGGACGUGGUGGCCUCCGUCGGGCGAGGCCGCGCGCUGGCCGCCAAGAAGGUCACAAACCGGCAAGUCUACACGGAGAUUUUGAACUGGGUGCAGCGUGUCGAUAUGCAAAUGACCGGGUUUCGAAAUCAAGUCUGUGCGGAGCGACGACUUCCGAUGCCGCAGGCGUUGGUGUCGAUGGGCUACUCCGACUCCGGAAUGAAGUCGGCGCUCGCCAACGAGGAUGUUAUUAAGCAGAUUGACAUCACCGUUGCCCAGUGGCAGGCGGAGAUCAGCUACGCCAUGUCGCUUGACCCACAGAAGGAAGGCCCGCUUGGGGAGAUUGAGUACUGGCGUGAAAAAUAUAGUACUAUUAGCGCCCUGUACGAGCAGAUCAACUCACCCCAGGCGAAGUUCAUCUUGAAGGUGGCAAAGGAGGCGGAGUGCAACUCCUUCCACUUGAUCUCCACGACCAUUCAACAAUUCUUUCGCCAGUACGCGGAGGCAAAGGACAAUGUGAAGUUUCUCGGCACCUUGGACCGCCAUUUCCGUACCUUGCAGGGGGUGACGCCCGGCUCUGGCUCGCUUCAGCCGAUCAUUGACACGCUGUCGUCUAUGAUGACAGGAAUCCGCAUGGUGUGGAUUAUCUCGCGCUACUACUGCACGGAGGAGCGGAUGGUGGGUUUACUGGAGAAGGUUGGGAAACUCAUCGCCCAAAAGGUUUCGCAGCACAUCGAUUUCCGUAGUAUUCUCAGCCUGCCCUUUGCCGAGGCCAAGACCAAGGUGAGUGAGGGACAGCAGUGCCUGCUGAAGUGGAAAUCCACGUAUAUCACGGUGCAGGAGGAGAUUAACAGCAGCGAGCGUGAGCAGCCAUGGAACUUUAACCAGAAGCGCCUGUUUGAAACCACCGACUACAUGUCCGACCGCUGCACCGACUUGUUGGAGGUUAUAGAGACGGUGGAGUACUACAACACGGUGCUGGGGGCGCAGCUAAAGACGGUGCUCACCGACACCAGCGGCAUUGAGCGCAUCUUGAAGGACGUGGAGCGCGUCAAGCGCCCGUUCGAGACCCUCACCUUCGACCCCUUUGAGCGCAAGGCGACGCACAACUGGCAGGUGGUUUACUCCAACUUUGUCAACACCGUCGCCAGCUUGGACCACGAGGUCUCUGAGUUUAUCAACAAAAUCUUCGACGAUGACCUGCGGAGCGCGGAGUCUGCCUUUGAGCUCUUGCUUUCCUUUAAGGGCAUCGCCUCCCGUCCCCAGCGGGCCGGGGAGGCCUUUGACACCGCCUCACUCCUGUCGGAGAAGGCGGAUCGUAUUCUGGCGCAGUACUUUAGCGAGGUGGAGCGGGUACGGAGCAUCUUCGUUGAGCACAGCGACAAUCCCCCACUCACCAAGAACCAGCCUCCCGUGGCGGGGGCGAUUCACUGGAGCACCUCCCUCUUUCAGCGGCUGAAGCGGCCGAUUGUGCGCUUCCAGCGGGAGGGCAUGCUGGCCACCACCAUGGGGCGACAGGUGCGGGCAAAGUACGUGGAGGUGGCGCGGCAGAUGAAGGAGUACGCCACCUCGCGCUUUAUUCAGUGGUCCGAGGGAGUGCGGCAGACGACGACGGCGUCGCUAAAGAUGAACAUUCUACGUAAGGUGCCAGGGGACACGUACGUCGCAAACUUUGACAUCGCCCUGUUUAACAUCAUACGCGAGGCGAAGUACCUUGACCGCCUCGGCUUUGAAGUGCCGCAGGAGGCCAUUAAUGUCACGCUGCAGGAUGAGUCCUACCACGCGAACGUGGACGCGCUCAAGGCGAUGCUGCUAAGCUUCAACUGCGAGUUACAAGGGGCCCUGGAUGGUCCGGAGCGUGUUAUUUUGGCCAAAAACAUUCGCGAGCUGAAGCUGUCCCUCGAGCCGGGGAUGCGCGACAUCAACUGGACGAGCUUGGGCAUACCGGACUUCAUCGCCAGCUGCGAGCGCGCCAUCACAAAGUUCCGUAAUCUAAGCCGGGAGGUGCGCAAGCGCGCGGACCACAUUCAGACGCAGGUGGUGAACAAGAUUGGCUCCACAAAGCUCAUCCCCGAGUUUGAGCAGCUGCUUCAGGCUGGCGGGGAACUGCCGGAGCUGCAGGUCCUCGUGGACACGAUUGAGCGGCGUCGCACGGACCUCGUCGACGCGUGCCUGCGCGCGUACCGCACCGCCAAGCCCCUCCUGACAAAGAUGGAGAGUCAGCUGGUGGGCACACACACAGGCAAGUGCCUCAUCCUGGAGAGCUACUACAUGCACUGGGAGCAGCGCAUUUGGAAGGCGCUCACGCGGAUGGUGCUAAACUCUCUGCUGGCCUUCGCCAAGAUGGUGGGCUACCGCGGCUCCUCCACGGCCGCGAAGCGUCCCCCGCUCUUCAAGGUGCUGAUAUUUUUGACGACGGAGCCAACCUUCUCACCACCGCAGCAGGAGAUCACGAGUGCAUUUCACAAGGUGCAGUCCAGCAUCAUUGAGUCCUCGCAGCGGUUUCAGCGGUGGAUGCGGGGAACGUGUAUUGAGUUCACGCAUGGGGAGCUGGUGCCACGGCCACCCGAGGGGGAGCAGGACACACUCUUCACCUACUACAAGGACAUCAGCGGCCUUCCACAGGUGUACAAGCUUCAGGCCGUCAUAAAUCGCACCAUUCAAACCCACUUAUCUGCGCUUGCGACAAACAUCAAGGUGCUGCAACGCUACCGUUUUAUCUACCUCGCCGACAAGAAGCUUUCCGUGGAGCAGCAGGCAAAGAAUCAGUUUCACUGGAUCGACUACGACGCAAAAUUUCAGCUCUACUUUAACAUGAUUACAGACUUUGACGCCGAGGAACACAUGCACGAUUUUGGGUUUAUGCGCUGCGACGAAAGUGCCUUCUAUGCGGAGCUGGUGGAGCACGUGCAUCAGUGGAUUGCGAUGGAGGGGGCACAAAUGAAUGACACGGUUCGCGCGCGCAUGCAGAAACGCUUGAAUUUUAUUAUACGCGUGAAUAAGGAUUUGCAGCGGCCGUGUGAAAACAUUGAUGAUCUGAAGUUUGUACUAGAAGUCAUGCAUGACACCCGUGCCAUUUCCCUGGACGUGGAACAGGACAUCAGUGAGAUCAGGUACAUUUACGAGUCCAUCACGCACUUCAGCGUCAAGGUGGACCCGCAGGAGCUGAAGGAGGCGUUAACGCUGCAGGACCUGUGGGAGUGCACCCUCGCGCGGCUGCACCAGCUGGAGGAGGACCUGGAGCCGAAGAAGCUGCGAUUCCGGGAGUACACGCGCGCCGAGGUGGCCAACUUCCUUGAGAAGGGCAAGUCCGUGUUGAAGGAGUUCCGUGAAAAAGGUCCUGGUCGGCCCAAUAUUGACCUGCAGGAGGGCAACAACCUCAAGAAGGAGUGGCGCGAGCAUCUAACGCAGCUGCAGGCGAAACGGGAUCAGUUGAUGAAGGCCGAGAAGCUUUUUGACCUGCCGCUUACGGGUCACACCUACCUGCAGCAGCUAAACGAGGAGCUGACGCGGGUGGAGGCGGUGUACGAACUCUACGAGCAGUGGGUCGCCAUCCUGAAGCGGUGGAACCGCAGCAGCUGGAAGGAUCUCCUUCUGGAGGACCUUCAAACCACCACUGAUGAGAAGGUAAAGCGGGCCCGCGUACUCGGCAAGACGCACAGUGAAGUGCACCCCUUUAGAGAAGUUCAGCAGGUUAUCUUGAACUUCCACUCCUCCUUGCCACUGCUGGCAAAGCUGAAGAGUCCGGCACUGAAGCAGCGUCACUGGAUGGAGCUCAUGCGGGUGACAGGGAAACAGUUUUCUAUUGAGCAAAUUAAUUUGGACGACUUCAUUGCCAUGGAGCUGUACCGGUUUUCGGACGCCAUUGACACCAUCAUCGUGACCGCGGCGCGGGAGCAGGCGGUGGAGAAGGACAUUCUGGCCGUCAAGGAGUUCUGGUCAAAGGCGGAGUUUGCACCGGUGCCGUAUGAACCGCGUAAGGGCGACGUCCGCUGCUGCGUGCUCAGCGACACAAGCGAUAUUCAAGAGGCCGUGGAUGACAACAUCUUGAAGAUGCAGUCCAUCGCCAACGUGAAGUGGGCGCAGCCCUUCAUGGAUGACGUGAAGAUUUGGGAGAAGAAGCUGGCGAUGAUCAACGACGUGAUUGCUGUGUGGAUUACGGUGCAGAUGAAGUGGCAGUACUUGGAAUCCAUCUUUAAGGGCAGUGACGACAUCGCCAAUCAACUUCCGAAGGAGACCGCCAAGUUUAACGACCUGGACAAGAAGUUUGUUCGCAUCAUGAAUGAGACAACCUCGGCGCCGAAUGUGGACAUCUGCUGCAACGUGACGGGGCGUCUUGAGGAGUUUCGCUACCUGGAGGAGAAGCUGGAGGAGUGCCAGAAGGAACUCUCCAACUAUCUUGAGACAAAGCGGCGCAUGUUUCCCCGCUUCUACUUUAUCUCCGACGACGAGUUGCUCUCCAUUUUGGCUGCCAGCAGUGCAAAGGCGGUGCAGGAUCACAUGCUGAAGAUGUUUGACAACUGCGCCUACCUCAUUUUCAAGGGGGGCGAGGAGGAAGUCAUCUGCGGAGUGGAAUCACAGGAGGGGGAGGUGGUGAACUUUGACCGCCCGGUGGCAACCGUGGGCGCCCCCGUGGAACACUGGCUGCAGGAGGUUCUGGACGAGUCACGCUCGACGCUGCGUGACAUUCUCAAGGCGGGCGUCUACUACUACCCGCGCAUGGGACGCCUGGACUGGCUAAAGAAGUACCAUGGCAUGGUGGCACUCACGGGGGCGAAGAUUUGGUGGACGUUUGAGAUUGAGGACGCCUUUAACGCCCUCAAGAAGGGAAAGAAAGGCUCGGUGAAGGAUCUAUCGGGGAAGCUGACACGGCAACUCAUUGACCUCGUAGGUGAGAUGGACAAAGACAUUGAGAAGCAGUACGCGAAGAAGGUCAACACGUUAAUUAUCAUGGACGUGCACGGGAGGGAUAUCGUGGAUCGCUUUGUGCGCGACUCCGUCACAGAUGCCCGCGAGUUUGACUGGGAAUCCCAGCUUCGCUUUUACUGGGAGCGUGACGGAGACACCUGCAUUAUACGACAAUGCACAGGUCGCUUUAAUUACGGUUACGAAUACAUGGGAUUGAAUGGUCGACUUGUGAUCACGCCGCUAACAGACCGUUGCUUCAUGACUAUGACGCAGGCGCUCUCCUUCUACCUUGGCGGGGCCCCCGGGGGGCCGGCAGGGACGGGAAAGACCGAGUCCGUCAAGGAUCUUGCCAAGGCGCUGGCCAUUCAGUGUGUGGUGUUUAACUGUGGCGAGGGACUGGACUACAAGGCGAUGGGCACCAUCUUUUCUGGACUCUCGCAAACGGGGUCGUGGGGGUGCUUUGAUGAGUUUAACCGCAUUGAGCUCCCCGUGCUCUCCGUGGUGUCUGAGCAGCUGCGCAGCAUUCAAAGUGCGCUGAAGGCCGGGGAUUCGGAAUUCCUCUUUGGCGACAGCACAAUUCGGCUGAUACCGACAGUCGGUGUCUUUAUCACGAUGAACCCUGGCUACGCCGGCCGUGUGGAGUUACCCGACAACCUCAAGGCUCUCUUUCGGCCGGUGGUGAUGGUUGUGCCGGACAUGGAGUUGAUUGCAGAGAACAUGCUCUUUUCUGAGGGCUUCACAACGGCGCGUGAGCUCGCCAAGAAGAUGGUGACGCUGUACCAGCUCGCCCGUGGACAACUCUCAAAGCAGCACCACUACGACUGGGGCCUGCGUGCGCUAAAGGCGGUGCUGGUGAUGGCAGGACAACUGAAACGUGGUGCCCCUGACCUAUCCGAGGAGUCGGUGCUGAUGCGUGCGCUGCGUGACAUGAAUGCCCCAAAGUUUGUCGCUGAGGAUGAGCCGCUUUUUAAAGGUCUCAUUGGCGACCUGUUUCCUGGCCUUGACCCGACGCGGGCACCGCAGGAAAACCUUUCCAAGGCCGCAAGCAGGGUCUUCAAGGAGCAAGGGUUUUACGUGGACGCCAAACAGGUGGAUAAGGUGGUGCAGCUGUACGAGACGAUGCAGACACGGCAUACGUCGAUGGUUGUUGGGCCCACAGGAGGUGGUAAGUCAACUGUGAUUGACUGCCUUUGUAAGGCGCAGACCAGUCUGGGGCUACUAACGAAGUUCUACGUUAUCAAUCCCAAGGCGCAGCCCACGACGGCCCUCUACGGUGUCAUGGAUCCCCUCACACGAAGCUGGACGGAUGGCAUUUUCUCUAACAUCUUCCGUUCUAUUAAUCGCCCCCACGAAAAUGACGAGCGUGAGCGCCGCUACGUUGUCUUUGACGGCGAUGUCGAUGCGAAGUGGGUGGAGGACAUGAACUCUGUCAUGGACGACAACAAACUGCUUACGCUUCCAAAUGGAGAACGCAUUCGUCUGCGACCGACGAGUUCCUUGCUCUUUGAGGUGGGGGACCUACAGUAUGCCUCGCCCGCCACCGUGUCACGCGUGGGGAUGGUGUUCGUUGACCCCGUGAAUCUUGGAUGGAAACCCUUCAUGUACUCCUGGAAGCUGAAGCGCCCACGCGACGAGCUAGACACCCUCAACGAGCUCGUGGACAAAUAUGUGGAGCCGCUCCUCAAUUUCAUGUUUGACGGCAUUGACGGCGACACGGUGACGGCCCCGCCAAAGCUGGUGAUCCCGAACAAUGACCUGAACAUGGUCCGCCAGCUGACCGUCAUGCUGCACACUGUCUCCCCGCAGCAUGUGGCCCUAGAGCCAAAGGCGCUGCAGUGUGUGUUUUUGUUCUGCUGUGUGUGGAGCUUUGGCUCCUUAAUCGCCACAGCGGAGGACCGCGUCCGCUUCGACGGCUUCCUGAAAAGACUCAGCGGGUGGAGCCUGCAGGAUGUGGGUGACAACUUCCUCACCCGCUUUGUCGGCAGCGGCUCCCUCCCGGAGCGCAAAACCCUCUACGACUACUACUUCGACCUCGAGGACAACCGUUGGAAACCGUGGCAUAUCCUCGUGAAGCCGUUUGAGCGGCCACCAGGGGCGAAGUUUGGCUCCCUGCUUGUGUCCACGGUGGACACCGAGCGAAGCAUGUGGCUGCUGAACAAAAUUGUUCUCAACCGGACCCCUGUCAUGUUGGUGGGUGAGAGUGGCACCGCGAAGACGGUCACCAUUCAGGCCUACCUGAAGCAGCUGAAGCAGCGCUCGCAGGAGGUCGACGCCGCUGCGGACGAGGAUGUGCACCUGGAGGAGAUGCUUCUGGAGAUCAACUUCAGCUCUCGCACCACUAGCCUUGACACACAGCGGGCCAUGGAGGACAACAUUGAGAAGCGCACCAACACCGUGCUGGGGCCCCCGGCAAAGAAGCGUCUCUUGGUGUUUGUGGAUGAUAUUAAUAUGCCCCGCGUGGAUCUCUACGGCACGCAGCAACCCAUCGCAUUCCUGAAGCUGUUGGUGGAGCACCAUUCCUGGUACGACCGAAAGGACUUACUUUUUAAAAGUGUGCGGGACACGCAGUUUAUAGCGGCGAUGGCUCCGCCGGGUGGUGGUCGCAACGCCCUUGACCCACGCUUUGUGUCACUCUUCACAAUCUUCAACGUCCUGUUCCCCUCCGAUGAGUCGAUCAACACCAUCUACGGCCAGAUCCUGCGCGACGCCUACAAGUCGAUGGCGUCGGAGUUGGGUGACCUGCCGAACCAGCUCACGACCAUGACACUCAGGCUGUACCAGCAGCUCUUCGCCGCCCUCCCUGCGACGCCUACCAAGUUUCACUAUAUUUUUAACCUGCGUGAUUUGUCCCGUGUGUACGAGGGACUCUGUCGGGCAACCCCAGAGAUGUUUCCGGACGCGAAGAGUAUUGUGCGGCUGUGGCGCAAUGAGAUUUCCCGCGUCUUCAUUGACCGCAUGGCCGACGUCGCGGACAAGGAGUUUGUCACGCGUCUCGCGCGGGAUGAGGUUAUGCGGCAAUUCCCAGACGCGGUGGAGUUUGCCCUGGCGGAGCCCUUCUUGUUUGGUGACUUUGGUGACUUUGAGCCGGACAGCGACGUGGAGCGGCUGAACAUCUACGAAGACUUUGGGGCGGAGUACGACAGGGCCCGUGCGCUGGUGGAGGCAAUGCUGGAGGAGAUUAACUCGCCGACGAAGAAGAUGGACUUGGUGAUGUUUGACAUGGCACUAGACCACCUGCUUCGCAUCACGCGCGUCAUCUCCCUUCCCCGCGGCAACUGCCUCCUGAUCGGCGUUGGUGGGAGCGGCAAGCAGUCUCUCACGAAACUGGCGGCGGCGAUGUACCGCAUGGGUGUCUUUGAGGUUGUGCUCUCCCGCAACUACAACGAGGACGGCUUCCGCGAGGACCUAAAGCGCCUGUACGCCCGUGUCGGGCUACAGAAGGAGAAGGUUGUGUUUUUGUUCAUGGACAGCCACGUAAAGGAGGAGGGGUUUCUGGAGCUCAUCAACAACAUGUUGGCCUCCGGCAUGGUCCCCGCGCUGUUUGCCGAGGAGGAAAAGGAGCCCCUGUACGCCAGCGUGGCGGCGGAGGUCGAGGCCGCAGGCCUGGCCCCCUCCAAAGACAACAAGUGGACGGCCUUUGUCGCCCGCUGCUGCGAAAACCUGCACGUGGUGCUCUCGAUGAGUCCCUCUGGACAAAUUCUGCGCACGCGUUGCCGCAACUUCCCGAGCCUCAUCAACAAUACGACCAUCGACUGGUUUCAGAAGUGGCCCUCGCAGGCGCUGGAGGCGGUUGGGCAACGGCUGCUGCAGGGAGGGGAGGUGUCGGAGGAGCUGAAGGAGACGAUUGCGGGUCACGCCGUGUACGUGCACCUCACCGCCGACGAACUUUCCACGCGGUAUCUGGCGGAGCUGAAGCGGCAUAACUACGUCACCCCAAAGAACUUCCUUGGGUUUCUGGCCAAUUACUCGCGACUGCUCAUCACCCGCCGGGAGGAGAUUGACGAUUUGGUGAAGAAGUUUGCGAUUGGGCUGGAGAAGCUCGACCGAGCCCAGGAGGAUGUGAAGACGCUGCAAGAGGAACUCGCCGAGAAGGAGGUGACGCUGCGUGAGAAGCAGGAGAUUAACGAGCGCAUGACAAGGGAGAUUAAGGAGCAGAAGGAGCGCAAUGAAAAACGCAAGGUGGAGGCGCUAAGCAUGGAGGAGGCGCUCAACGUGCAAAGUGCAGAGAUUGAGAAGGAGAGUGCGGAGGCGCAGGAGGUGCUCGACCUUGCCAUGCCUGCCCUUGAGGAGGCGAUGGAGGCGGUGAAGCACAUCAACCCAAAGAGUAUCACGGAGUUAAAGUCCUUCGCCAAGCCCCCCGUCAGUGUGGUGGCGGUGGUGCGUAUGGUGUGUGUCGUGAAGGGCGUACCGGCGACGUGGGACUCCGGCAAGAUUAUGAUGGGGCAAAACGACUUUAUUCGCUCCCUCAUUGACAUCGACUCCCUCGCCUCGACGCUGAAUCAGGGGAAGAUCAAUGAGAUCAACAAGAUUCUCAAGGAAUUUCCGGUCAACUCCAACGACCUGAAGAAGGUGAGUUUGGCCGCCUCGGGCCUGAUGAUUUGGGUGGAGGCGAUGAAGGCCUACUGGAACACGGCGAAGGAGGUGCUGCCCAAGCAGGCCCGGGUGCGGGAACUGCAGGAGGCGAAGGCAAACGCUGAGCGCCAGUUGGCGGCGUGCCAGGGCGAGAUUGAGCAGCUCACCGUGAGUCUUAAGCGGCUCCAGGAGCGGCUAGACGCAGGCAUGCAUGAGGCCCAGCUGCUGCAGCAGGAAAAGGCCGUGAUGGAGCGACGGCUGAACGCCGCCCGACGACUACUCGAUGGCUUUGGCUCCGAACGCGUGCGAUGGGCGGAGCAAAAGGGGUCGUUAGCCGAUGUGCGGAAUCGCCUUGUUGGGGAUUGUCUUGCCUGUGCCGCGUUUAUCUCCUAUCUUGGGGCCUUCACCUUCCAGUACCGGCAGGAGGCCUUGGAGUCGCUGUGGCUGAAGGACAUUCGUGAGCGGGGCAUCCCACUCACCGAGGACUUCCAGAUCCAGCACCUCCUCACCGAUGAGGUCUCCGUCUCCCAGUGGGCGAGCGACGGCCUGCCGGUGGAUGCCCUCUCCGUGCAAAACGGCAUCCUCACAACGAUGAGCACGCAGGGUCUCGGCAUGGGACGAAAAUCUGGGCGGGUGCGCUUUCCGCUUUGCAUCGACCCACAAAUGCAGGCUGUGAAUUGGAUCAAGCGGCAACACAAGUCAAACCCGCGAUUUGAAUGUGCCUCCUUCGCCGACCCCGAUUUUUUGAAGCGGCUGGAGUUUGCCAUUCAGUACGGCAACCCCUUUUUGUUUGAGGGCGUCGACGAGUUUAUUGACCCCAUCAUAGACUCCGUGCUGGACCCGCAGUUCCGCGAGGACUCCGGGCAGCGCGUCAUACGCAUCGGGGACAAGGACGUCGUCUGGGACCCCAACUUCAAGCUCUACCUCUGCACCAAGCUGCCCAACCCGGAGUACGCGGCGGAGGUGUUUGGCAAAACAAUCGUGAUCAACUACGGCGUCACGGAGGACGGGCUUGAGAGUCAGCUGCUCAACUACGUGGUGGCAAGCGAGCGUAGCGACCUGCAGCGGCAAAGCGAGGAGCUCGUGCAGACCAUGGCGGAGAGCCGUGCGCAGCUGAAGGAGCUGGAGGACACCCUGAUCCGUGAGCUGACGCUGGCCACAGGCAACAUUCUCGACAACGACGAGCUGAUUGCGACGCUGGAGAACACGAAGAACAGCGCCUCGGAGGUGCAGCAGAAGCUGGAACAGGCAAAGGAGACGGCGCGUGUCACGGAAAUCUCUCGACAGGAGUACCGCCCCGCGGCUCGACGUGGGGCGGUUCUGUACUUUGUCAUCUCCGAGCUGUCCGUGAUCAACUCCAUGUACGAGUACUCCCUUUCCGCCUUCCUGCACGACGUCUUUGGGUACUCCAUCACGAAGAGCGACGCCUCGUUUGAGAUCAAAGAUCGUCUCAACAACAUCAUUCGCGCCCUGACCUAUAACCUCUACUGCUACGUGUGCAUGGGUAUCUUUGAAAAGGACAAGCUUAUGCUUUCUUUCCAGAUGGCCAUCCGCCUGCUUACGCAGGAGAAUCGCAUGGACCACAACGAGUUGGAGUUCUUCCUGCGCGGAUGCGUGCUGGCGGCAAAGAAUUAUCCACCCAACCCCGCUGAGUGGCUGACGGAGCGGCAGUGGAACGACAUCUGCAAGUUGGCGACGACGUCGGAGGUGUUUGCCAACCUCUGCGAGGAAGUCGCAAACAACGUGGAGGAGUGGCACCACUGGUUCUCGCUGGAUCGCCCGGAGGACCCAAGCAGCACCAUUCCGUGCGGCUACAGUGAACGUCUCAGCGAGUUCCAGCUGCUCUGUCUGCUUCGCUGCUUCCGUGGCGAUCGCGUCUACACAGCCGCCACAAACUUCAUCAGCAACUGCGACCUCCUCGGCGAGCGCUACGUCAUUCCGCCCAUCCUGCGCUACAAGGACGUUCUCGACAAGAGCUCCUCCACAGCCCCCAUUGUGUGUAUUGUGUCCCCGGGCGCCAACCCGACGGACGAGAUUGUGAAGCUGGCGACAAAGGAGGUGGGGAUUCAAAAACUCCGCUCCAUCGCGCUCGGCCAGGGGCAGGGUGAGGAGGCCAUGAAGCUGGUGGAGGUGGGUGCCUUGCGGGGGCAGUGGGUUCUGCUGCAGAACUGCCACCUGCUAACAAAGUGGAUGAAGGAACUCGAGAAGGUGAUUGAGCGGAUGGACCAGACGCCGCCGCAGGAGGAAUUUCGACUUUGGCUCACGACGGAGCCUACCAAGGACUUUCCAAUGGGUAUUCUGCAGCGCUCCUUGAAGGUUGUGAAUGAGCCGCCAAACGGGCUUAAGAUGAACAUGAAAAACACGCUCUCGAAGGUCACCGAGGAGCAACUGGAUGCCUGCCUACACCCCGCGUUUAGGCCACUGGUGUUUGUCCUUGCCUUUUUUCAUGCCGUGGUGCAGGAAAGACGCAAGUAUGGCAGAAUCGGAUGGAACGUGGUGUACGACUUUAACGAGACCGACUUCUCUGUGUCGAUGCGGCUGCUUGACACCUACCUGACAAAGGCGUUCCGAAAUAAUGAUCCGAUUCCGUGGGACACCCUGCGCUACCUCGUGGGUGAGGCGAUGUAUGGCGGCCGUGUGACAGACAGCAUGGACCGCCGCAUCGUCAAGACGUACUUGGAGGAAUACUUUGGUGAUUUCCUUUUUGACACCUUUCAGCCGUUUCACUUUUACGUCAACGACGAAGUGAAUUACUGUCUUCCUGCCGACAGCACCGAUCCAAAUAAGCGAGUCACGCUACAGCAGAUGGUGGCCCACGUGGAGUCCUUCCCAAAGGAUAACACGCCCGAGGUAUUUGGACUGCACCCGAAUGCGGAGACCGGCUACUUGCGUAAUGCGGCCCUAGGAAUGUGGGCAAGUUUGAUAGAGCUUAUGCCGCGAUCUGGGAGAGCGGCGGCAGUUGGUGGAGAGUCACGGGAGGAGGUUCUCCUAAAGAUCACUGAAGACAUUCUGUCGCAGAUACCAGAGACCUUGGACCGCAAGCGGAUUAUGAGGAAGGAAAAGGAGCGGGCACAAGAGAAGGGGUACAGUAACCUGCAGCCGACCCAAGUCGUCUUGUUGCAGGAAAUAGAGCGUUGGAAUCGACUGGUGGGAGCCAUGGUUUUGUCCCUGAAAGAGCUACAGAAGGCUCUUUCAGGCGUCAUUGGUAUGAGUAGUGACUUGGAUGACCUUGCCUCUUCCCUGUACAACGGUCAGUUGCCCGCCUCCUGGCGAAAACUGGCGCCCGCCACGCGAAAGAAUUUGGGUCGUUGGCUAGCCCACUUCCAUCGGCGGUGCAAGCAGUACACGGAUUGGGCCAUGAAUGGCGAGCCGCGAUGCAUGUGGAUGUCAGGCCUCAUGGUGCCGGAGUCCUACAUUUCUGCCCUUGUCCAGGUGGUUUGCAGACGCUAUAAGUGGCCGCUGGACCGCUCCGCCGUGGUGACGACGUUGACCUCCUACGCGACCGCGCAGGAUGUGCAGGAGCGCCCCAAGGACGGCGCGUACGUGAGCGGACUUUUUAUCGAGGGCGCCAGGUGGGACCUGCGCAAGCAUUGUCUGGCACCCCAACGAAAGAAGGAACUCAUCUCUGAGCUGCCCGUGAUGCAUAUCAUUCCCACAGAGUUGUCCAAGGUCAAAAAUGUGUCUACGUUUAGAACCCCGGUCUACGUGACUUCUGACCGUCGCAAUGCGGCCGGCGUGGGUCUGGUGUUUGAGGCCGACCUGGCGACUGACGCCCACUCCUCCAUCUGGACGCUGGAGUCUGUGGCCGUUAUCCUUGACUCGGACGACUAA